CUAAUAAUGGGUCUUACAGUCUUCAAUUUUUGAAUCUAAUGAUUGUUUUUCUUGUUUGUGAUGUGUUUACAUCUCCUUCAACAUCACAACUGCAGCCACAUCUGUCAGUUUUUGCCAACAGGCAGAAUCAAGGAAGUGUGAUUGAUCCACAAUCUCUUCGAGAUGAAAUAUACAAGUUAUUUGAGAGUUUGGAGAGGAGAAUCAUGCUGAAACUAGACCAAAUCCAGGACAACAUCACAGCAGCGGUCGGAACAAUGCAGCAGUCAAUGAGCCAGCCAAGCACCUCUGUCUCUGAUCUUACAGAGCUGCUAGAGGAGCCUUGUAAGACUGUGGAGGAAUUAGAAGAGCUGUGUAAUAAGCUGAAAGAUCCUGACUUUCAAAAGAAGAUGAUUCGUUACCUGUGUCUUCAGAGUGGAGGCAGCUUAGGUGGAAUUAGGAGCAUGCUGAAAAAAAUUGGAGAUAGCUCCUUAUGGGGAUGGUACAGUUACAAAGGGAGAAAGGGAAAACUUAAAUUUCAGCACCUCCUAAUCAAUGAUGUCAUCAUACACAAGUUUAAAAACUUGCCACUAAUGACUAAUAAUGUGUCUGUGUCAAUCCCCAAGAUCUCAAAUUAUUUGAAAUGUAAAGAGGUUGUAAAUUAGAACGUACAUUGUAAAAGUUGUUAGUUCUCAGUACAUAAAUAUUCAUAGCAGUUAAUGGUCUAUUUUGAAAACAAGAUUAAUGUUUGAUGCUUUUGGAAUAGAACUUUCUACAUCUGAGUUCUAGUUUUAAUAACUUUGAUCUCUGUAUUGAAUCAAGGUGCCUGCAGUAAGGCAUACCCUCACCAAAAAUCCCAUUUUUUUUUUUUGCAAGACAACAUUUUAGACAUAUCAAAUCAUAACACUACUGAAUGUGUUAAUUUCGUUGUUUUAGGUUAGAAGCCAACGGGAAGAAUUGCCAUCGUAAUAACCCCAAAGCUGACAACCAGAGACACACACACACACAACUGCUAUAAGCGUGUUUGCCUGACACACACACACACACACACACACACACACACACA